CGCAGUGCGACUGCUGAGGGAAAACGCGUUGCGCUCUUCUUCGGAGCCUCGCGGGCAUUCGUAGCAUCACUUCCGGAAAACGGCGGGAAAGAUGGCGGCCGAGUCAGACGAGUGCGAAACGGCAUUGAAUAUGAGUCCUACAUCCAGAGAUGAGCCUCCCAGCCCAGGAGAAAUGGAGCAGCGUGAGAGAAAGGCCAGCACAAGUUCAUCUGAGGAUGGAGACAGUGAUGGGGAUGACCGCAGGAGGGUUGUUGAUGGCCAGCGUAACCCUGAAGCAGGUAGACCUGAGGGUUCAGCUCAACCUGAGGACGCUGGCUCCAGAAAUGGGAGUCCACGAGCGGGCAGCCCUGUGGUGAGCGCAUCGUCCAGGGCCCGGCACAAUCAAGGGUCCAGCGGCUCAGACAGUGACAGCAGUGAAGACGACAGUGAUGACGGUGUUAUGCACAGGAUGAAGAGCAGUGUCACACAUAUCAAGCGUGCCUCUGACGAUGAGAGCAAGAACAGACGAAGAAGCUCCUCACCUGACAGGGACGAAAAGAAGUCACAGUCAAGAUCCCGCUCCAGAUCCCGCUCUAGAUCUCGUUCUCCUCAAGAACGUUACGGAAGGGGUCGUAGGUCCAGGGAGCGUGAGCGAGAUCGAGACCGCUAUGACGACCGGGAUCGUUAUGAGCGGCGCUCCAGCAGAGAGAGGGAUUGGGAACACAGGAGGAGGGGAAGGUCAGCAUCCCCAGCCAAAAAUGAUAAACCUCCCACUGAGGAGCCUCCAGUGAAGAAGAGGAAAGAAGGGCUGGACCCCAUCCUGACCCGCACCGGUGGGGCCUACAUCCCACCGGCCAAACUGCGAAUGAUGCAGGCUCAGAUCACUGAUAAGAGCAGUUUGGAGUAUCAGAGGAUGAGCUGGGAAGCCCUGAAGAAGUCCAUCAAUGGUCUGAUCAACAAAGUAAACGUUUCCAACAUCGGCAACAUUAUUCAAGAGCUUCUGCAGGAGAAUAUUGUGAGGGGCAGCAAAUUCUUCUUUAUGGAUGUCUUCAAGUUGGAUCCCAACUUCCUGGAGAACGAGGAGAAGUACAAAGCAAUUAAACGGGAAAUUCUUGACGAAGGAAGCAGUGAUUCUGGUGGUGACGCUGGUGGCAGUGGAGAUGACGAAGAUGAUGAUGAUGAUGAAGAUAAAGACGAGGCAGCUGGAGAAGAACAAGAGAAAGUCACCAUCUUCGACCAGACAGAGGUGAACUUGGUUGCGUUCCGUCGAACGAUUUACCUCGCCAUCCAGUCAAGCUUGGACUUCGAAGAAUGCGCCCACAAGUUGAUAAAAAUGGAUUUCCCCGACAGCCAGACGAAAGAGCUGUGCAACAUGAUCCUGGACUGUUGUGCCCAGCAAAGAACAUACGAGAAGUUCUUUGGUCUCCUAGCUGGGAGGUUUUGCCUGCUGAAGAAAGAAUAUAUGGAGAGUUUUGAAGCCAUCUUCCAGGAACAGUAUGAAACCAUCCACCGGCUUGAAACCAACAAAUUGCGUAAUGUUGCUCGAAUGUUUUCUCAUCUCCUCUACACAGACUCCAUUCCAUGGAGUGUCCUUGAAUGCGUUAAAAUGAGUGAAGACACAACGACGUCCUCCAGUCGAAUCUUUGUGAAGAUUUUGUUCCAGGAACUUUGUGCUUACAUGGGUUUGCCAAAACUGAAUGAGAGACUGAAGGACAUGACUCUUCAGUCUUUCUUCGAUGGUCUUUUCCCACGUGACAACCCGAGGAACACGAGAUUUGCCAUUAAUUUCUUCACAUCAAUUGGCCUUGGAGGACUUACGGAUGAGUUGAGAGAACAUCUGAAGAACGCUCCUAAGAUGAUCAUGACCCAGAAUCAGGAAGUGGAGUCAUCUGAUUCUUCCUCCUCUUCCUCUUCUUCUUCAGACUCCUCCUCAUCUUCAGAUUCCCCAUCUGACAGCGACAGCAGUGACAGUGACUCGGAUUCGUCCAGCGACUCAGACUCCUCCUCCAGCAGUGACAGCUCCUCAGACUCAAAGCAUAAGAAGGCCUUGGGCAAGAAGGACAAGAACAAGGAAAAGAAGAGGUCCAGCAAGGCAGCAAACCAGCCAUCUCCUCUGGAGGACCGGCCCAGCAAGAGACACGAGAACCGGCGGCAAGACGGCAGCAACGAGGACCGCCGCGGAUCCGACAAGCACCACAGAGAUUCUCGCCGCCAGGGACAUGAGGACGAGUCGCCCCCUGCUCGACAGCGAGGAGAACCUGAGCGUGGAAGAGGACAUAAAGAGCAGCAGCACCACAGGCACGCUCCGGACCACGAGGACCGACAGCCGGAUUCACGAAGGCACAAGGACGACGGCAAAAACUCCCGAGCGGACAAGGACAAAGAUAGACACAGAAGCAGAGAGAAGGAGCCUCUGCGGCGGAGCCGGGACAGGUCAAAGUCACGAGAGAGGAGCCGCAAAGAGAUCGACUCCAGGGACUCGGACAAGAACGGCUUGGAGAGGGUGGACAAAGAGAACAGGCAUUCUGACAGAGACAAAGAGUCCAGGAGGAAAGACGAGAGGAGCAGGGAUAGCUCACCGAGGAGACACAGAUAGACAGAAUAAGAUCAUGAUAUCGUACCAGUUUUGAGCCGUUCCUCGUUCACUGUGGCUUUCACCCUUGUGCUUUUGCUUAGCCUCUGUGUUGUUAUAAAGUAAAACAUAAUGAUUUUUGAGCUGUUGUUAAAAGGACUCGUGUGGAAAUGUACCGUACACGCACUGAUGCUGUGUAAGGUGUUCCUGAAACAAUUUUAGCAGUUAAACGAGGCUGUGUUCAUAUUGUUGGGGACAUUUUGUAUUUUAUGUAUACUUGCCCAACAGUAUUUUUGCUGUUGUUUUGGAAGUAAUUGGGAAAAGCAAGAUUAAAGAUGACAUUUGCUAUACAUUUAAAAGGUUCACUGUGAUUAUUAAAGCCACAGUUGAUUCAAACUAGUUAGGAAAAAUAUUAAAGAUGUAUUGUGAUGAUUUUGCUAGCAAUAUAAGAGAUAUAAACGUCUGUUCAAAAGU